AUGACAACGGCGAAUUCACCUCAUUCUGGUACUAGUCACCAAAAUCUAUCUGAGAGUAGUAAUAGUAAUACAAAUUCCGCCUCUUCCUCAUCAGGACGUACUUUGCCAAUGUCGACAAAUCAUACCGCUUCGACCCCCGCACCGAUAAUGUUUAAAACAAUCAAUAGUCCACCACCUAUGUCAGAUUUCACCGAUAAUGCCACUACAAACAAUGGCGAUAAAGCAAUCACUAACCAGACCUCUACGACUAUCAAUGGACAACAUCAACCAUCCAUGAAUCCAACGGCAUUAAAUUCAUCAAAACUGGCACUUUCUUUUAUUGCUACUUCGCCAGUCGCAUUAGAAGCGUCUACCGCGUCAAUUAUAGCCACAAGUUCGGUGCCCAAUGAAUCAAUUAUCACAGUUCAAAAUGUUGGCAAUCGUGGACGAAAACGCUCUUCCACCACAAUUUCCGAAGAUUCGAUGCCAAUGUCGAUUGAAGAUGAGAUCGCGAUAAAACGCAUGAAAAAUACAGAAGCUGCACGCAGAUCCCGGUUGCGGAAAGCCCAACGAAUGGAAGCACUUGAGCAAGAAAUUUCUGAAUUAAAAUCCGAAAAUUCCCGAUUACAAACUCGGGUUGCAGUAUUAGAAAGCGAGAAAGCGUCAUUACGUGAGAAAAGUCUCGAGAAAGAUGCGCGAGUCAGACAAUUAGAACAGCAAUUAAGCGAGGCCUAUGAGCGUUUAGUUAAACGUGAUCCGUCAUCGUCAAUUAGAAUACUGGAUGAUUGUGAAAAAUAUCAAACAGUUGCAAUCGGAAAAGCAUCCUUCAAUAGUGAAAGUUCACCACCACUUGUCAUUGAUUGA